GGACUUAGUUAGUGUUCACUGAGGAUCCUGUCAGGGACACACACACACACACACACACGCAAAAAAAAGAGCCGACAUGCAGUGCGUACGGAAGCAGCCGAAAAGGAGCAAGUCGGAGGAAUUACUUCAUGAUGAGCAAAGCGAGAAGAUCACCAGCGUGAACCUGAAGCUUCUGGGCAUGGAUGGAGAUCCAGACUUGAACCUCCUUCUGAAGGGCACAGAGCUCACCAAGGUUCGCUCAGGAUCGUGGAAGAAACCGCGAUACUUCAAGCUGCAGGAGGACUGCAAGACCGUGUGGCAAGAGUCCAAGAAAAAGAUGCGUCCAAAGCACACCUUUUCCAUCGAGGAAAUAGAGAGCGUGCGCCUCGGCCGGCAAACGGAGGGUCUCAAGAACUACACCGAUGAGACGCUGGAAUCGCGGGUGUUCUCCAUCCUGUUCAAGGGCCACCAUAAGAACCUAGACUUGAUCGCCAAGAACGAGGAGGAGGCCAAGAACUGGGUGUCAGGUCUGGAGAAGGUCAUGAACAACACGAGCAAUCUCAGCCAACAGAAGAGGACCGAACACUGGAUCUUCAACUGCUUGCGUAAGGCUGAUAUAAACUGUGACACGAAGAUGAGUCGAGAUGAGGUGAAGAGCUUCCUGCAGAACAUCAACCAUGAAGUGGACGACGAAUACAUCAAGAUGCUCUUUGAGAAAUGUGAUCGGUCCAAAACUGGCUUACUGGAAGGAAAAGAAAUUAAGCUCUUGUACGAGACCCUGACCGACAGGGAGGAGAUCGACGUGAUCUACAAAGCGUUCGCCAAAACCGAAGGACUCAUGAGUGCCGCCAAUCUUCUGGACUUCCUGACAAACGAGCAGAAGGAGAAAGUGGAUCUAAUUUACGCCACUCAGCUCAUCGAGAAAUAUGAAGUAGAUGAAACGGCCAAAGCAAAGCAGCUGAUGACGAAAGACGGCUUCCUGAUGUUCCUGCACCAGCCCGAAGCUCUGAUCAUGAGCCCGGCCCAUAAGAGCGUCUACCAAGAUAUGAGCCACCCCUUAAGCCAUUAUUUCAUCUCCUCCUCGCACAACACCUACCUUGUGAAAGACCAGCUCAAAGGCCCAAGCAGCAUCGAGGGCUACAUACGAGCGCUGACGAAAGGAUGCCGCUGCGUAGAGCUGGACAUCUGGGACGGCUCGGACGGGGAGCCGGUUAUCUACCACGGAUACACGUUGACCUCCAAGAUCCUCUUUAAGGAUGCCAUUCAGGCCAUCAAGGAGUAUGCCUUUAAGACGUCGGAGUACCCGGUGAUCCUGUCCCUGGAGAACCACUGCAGCGUAGACCAGCAGAAGCUGAUGGCCGAGCACAUGAGCACCAUCCUGGGUAGCGCUCUGCUCACCAAACCCCUGGGAGAACACAUGCCCACAGCGCUGCCCUCUCCAGAGGAGCUGAAGGGUCGCAUUCUGAUCAAAUGCAAACGCCUGAACAAGCUGGAGGAUUACUUCUCAAAACAGGCGGCUGGUGAGGAAGAAGAGUCCGUGACAGAAGAAGAAGACGCGCGUGACGACGAGGAGGCUGAGCAUUCGGAAAACAAUAAGAAGUCGCUAAAGCUAGCUAAAGAGCUCUCGGAUCUGGUCAUCUACUGCAAAAGCGUCAAGUUCCAAGGAUUUGAGCACGCGCAGACUCACCAUACCUUUUACGAGAUUCCUUCUUUUAAAGAAUGGGACGCGGUGAAUUUGGCAGAGAAGUCAGCAAACAAAUACAUUCAUCACAACGUGGACAAGCUGAGCAGAGUUUACCCCUCAGGAGCAGCCAGGACAAAUUCCUCCAACUUCAACCCCGUGCCUCUGUGGAACGCCGGCUGCCAAAUCGUGGCCCUCAACGUCCAGACACCAAGCGCAGAGAUGGACCUGAACCAGGGCCUGUUCAGCCAAAACGGACAAAGCGGCUACAUCCUGAAGCCGGCCUAUCUGCGGGAUAAAGAGUCCGAGUUUGACCCCAUCACGCUCACCAGAGGACCGUGGCUCAAACACGUCACACUCCACGUGAUGGUGAUCUCAGCGCAGCAGUUACCCAAAGUCAACGAGAAGCUCAACUCCAUCGUCGAUCCCCUGGUGCGAGUGGAGAUCUACGGCGUGCCUGCGGACACGGCCAAAAAAGAGACGCAUCACAUUGAAAACAACGGUUUCAACCCUAUGUGGAACGAGAAUUUCAAGUUCGACCUGCAUGUGCCUGAACUUGCCCUGGUGCGCUUCGUCGUGGAGGAUUACGAUCACGUGUCCAGCAACGACUUCGUCUGCCAGUGCACGGUCCCGUUCACCAGCCUGCAGGACGGAUAUCGUCACGUGCCGCUGUACGACCAGAACGGGGACGUCCUCCCUUCAGCGCGACUUUUCGUCCACAUCAUGGCCGUGGAGGCGGAAUAAAUCCUGUGACGCGUUCUCCUACGAGCCUAAAAACCUGAGCCUGGGCGAGACGGAAAAGCUGAACAGAAGAAGUCUCAGACUGAAGCUGAACCAGAACAAAACCUGGACUAGGACCUGCUGUUUUAUUUAAGACACUGUGGGACGAGCUCCACAGUCCACACUAAGCAAGAUGUAGCCGUAGUACAAUCCUCUGACCUGUUAAUGCACUAGAUUAGUAUUUUCUCUUAGAUGGUUUUUAGGUACUUUUUAAUUUUAGAGUGCUACUUUUAUUACAUUCCACUAUUUAAGAUUUCACCCGUGUAUGUGUGUGUUUGUGUGAGAGAGAGAGAGAGAAAGUGAAUAUGUGAACUAAAAAAUACUAAUAAAAUACCCAGCUGUAGUCAAGACUACAAGCUGCUAGUAAUAAAUCUCA